AUGAAGUUCUUCAUCUUUACCUGCCUGGUGGCUGUUGCUCUAGCAAAGCAGGUAAUAAAGGAUGAAUCCUCCAGUGAGGAAUCUGCUGAGGAAGCCAAUGAGAAAAAAGUCAAGCAGUUUUCCCGGGACUUUUCCUGCCUCCAGUCUUGCAUAUCUGCUCCUCAACAGCAGACUGUUAGCAACCCAUGGGGCCAGGGCAAGGCCAUCCAUAACAUCCCCAAUCAGGAAUCCAUCAGCAUCAUUGUGGAGGAAAUCCUGAAGAGGAUUAUUGAUAUGGUCAAGAACAACCAGUUUAAUCAGUUAAACAUCCCCCAAUUUCCCCAGGCUGUUCACCAACAGCAGACACCUGUGGUCUACUGGAAUAAGCAUUCCCUCUACCCAUAUGCUCCCUAUGUGGUUUAA